AUGUCAAGUUCAUCAACCAAUAACAGCAAGGCCCUUGCCAUUGUGCAAGCACACCUCAAGCAAGCAGACGCCGCCCUCUACCAGGCGAAUCAGUCACUUCACGCAAACCCCGAGGUAGCCUACAAAGAACACAAUGCCCACGAUAACCUGUGCGACCUUCUUGAAUCCCAGGGCUUCUCCGUCACGCGCAAGGCCUAUGGCCUAGACACCAGCUUCGAGGCCAGCUCCGGCGCUGGCGGCCGCGAGGUUGUCAUUUGCGCCGAAUACGACGCCUUGCCUGAAAUUGGCCACGCCUGCGGCCACAAUCUUAUCGCUACCGCCUCCCUAGCCGCAUUUUUCGGAGCUUCCAAAGUUUUGUCUGAAUUAAAGGUGCCAGGCCGCGUGCGGGUACUCGGCACGCCGGCGGAGGAGGGCGGCGGAGGCAAGAUUGCGCUACUCCGGGCCGGCGCCUUUAGCGGUGCUUCAGCGUCCAUUAUGGCGCACCCAGUGGCCCCUGGCAACCUGUCCAACGACGCCGCCGUCUCCGGCUCCGCCGCGCUGAAUCUCGUCGCCAGCAUCAAAUUCCGCGUCGCGUUUCGCGGCAAGUCGGCCCAUGCCGCCGGCGAGCCGUGGAACGGACUCAACGCCUUGGACGCGGCCGUCGCGGCGUACAACAACGUGAGCCUGCUGCGCCAGCAGAUGCGCUCCGAUGAGAGGGUGCACGCCGUGAUCGAAGACGGAGGCACCGUGCCCAAUGUCAUCCCGGAUUACACGCGCAUGAACUGGUACAUACGCAGCCCGACGAUUGAGCGGGGACAGGAACUGCACGAGCGCGUGCAGGCUUGCAUCGAGGCGGGCGCCAGUGCUGCCGGCUGCAGUUUCGAAUACAUCAGGGCCGAUGACUACAAAAACGUCAUUGGUAACGGCGCGAUUUGCAAAACGUAUGCCAAGAUGAUGGCGCUUGUCGGCCACAAGGUGCUCGCGGAGCAGGAAAAGCCGCUCGUGGCAUCGACGGACAUGGGCAACGUGAGCCACCAAGUGCCGAGCAUGCACGGCGCCUUUACCAUCCCGGCGGCGCCUGGCGCAGCGAUGCACAGCAAAUUGUUUGCGGCCGCGGCUGGUGAGCGGGCCGGGCACGAAGCCGCCAUUGACUGCGGUACGGGAAUGGCGCUGCUGGCUGUUAAUAUUCUCUCUGAUGAUGAACUGGCUGAGGAAAUGCAGCGGGAAUUUAUCAACAGAUAUGACUAG